GCGAGUUUCGGAGGCGCCCGGCGGGCCCCGGAUCGGAGAUGGUGCUGGAUCUCAAUGUCGAGUCGCCGGCGGACUCCGGCACGUCCAGCUCGUCCGUGCUCAACUCCGCGGACGCCGGCGGCUUCCGGUUCGGCCUGCUCGGGAGCCCCGAUGACGACGACUGGUCCGGCGAGCCGGCGCCGGCCGCGUCCGGGUUCGUGACGAGGCAGCUCUUCCCCGCGUCGCCGCCCGCGCCCGGGAUGAUGAUGGGGCAGCAGGCCCCGGCGCCGCCGAUGGCCCCCGUGUGGCAGCCGCGCCGCGCCGAGGAGCUGGUCGCGGCGCAGCGGGUGGCGCCCGCGAAGAAGACGCGGCGCGGGCCGAGGUCGCGGAGCUCGCAGUACAGGGGCGUCACCUUCUACCGCAGGACCGGCCGGUGGGAGUCGCACAUCUGGGACUGCGGGAAGCAGGUCUACUUAGGUGGGUUCGACACUGCGCACGCGGCCGCAAGGGCCUACGAUCGCGCGGCGAUCAAGUUCCGGGGGCUGGAGGCCGACAUCAACUUCAAUCUGAGCGACUAUGAGGAGGAUUUGAAGCAGAUGAGGAACUGGACCAAGGAGGAGUUCGUGCACAUCCUCCGCCGCCAGAGCACGGGGUUCGCCAGGGGGAGCUCCAAGUACCGCGGCGUCACGCUCCACAAGUGCGGCCGCUGGGAGGCAAGGAUGGGCCAGCUGCUCGGCAAGAAGUACAUAUAUCUUGGCCUCUUUGACAGCGAAGUUGAAGCUGCAAGGGCGUACGACAGGGCGGCGAUUCGCUUCAAUGGGAGGGAAGCUGUGACUAACUUUGAGAGCAGCUCCUACAAUGGGGAUGCUCCACCCGACGCCGAAAAUGAGGCAAUUGUUGAUGCUGAUGCUCUUGACUUGGAUCUUCGGAUGUCGCAACCUACCGCGCACGAUCCCAAGCGGGACAACAUCGUCGCCGGCCUUCAGUUAACUUUUGAUUCCCCUGAAUCGUCAACCACAAUGCUCUCUUCUCAGCCAAUGAGCUCAUCUUCUUCCCAGUGGCCUGUGCAUCAACAUGGCACGGCAGUACCACCUCAGCAGCACCAGCGUUUGUACCCAUCUGCUUGUCAUGGCUUCUACCCGAACGUACAGGUGCAGGUGCAGGAGAGGCCGAUGGAGGCAAGGCCCCCUGAGCCGCCGUCGUGCUUCCCCGGCUGGGGGUGGCAAGCGCAAGCCACGCCGCCGGGCUCCUCCCACUCGCCGUUGCUUUACGCUGCAGCAUCAUCAGGAUUCUCUACCGCCGCCGGCGCGCACCCCGCCCCGCCGCCGCCGUCGUACCCGGAUCACCACCGGUUCUACUUCCCCCGCCCGCCGGACAACUAGCUCUCUCUCUCUCUCUGCUUGCUCGGCCACGGACGGUGGCCGACGCGCGUGUGUGUUGGAGGUGCUCGCGCCUCAUCGGUAGCCGUUGUUGUGAAUUAAUCGGAGUGUGACUGGCCCAGGCUGGUUCCUCUCCGCGUCGCCGUGAUCAGGAUCACGAGCAUCGUGGCUGCUCGUUAUUCGAUUCUCAUGUAUCCAUUGCUCAAGUUUCCCAAACAGACUCUUGAAAAAACUUGGAAAUUGUUGAUGGCAAGUUCAUGCAUGCAUGGGUCA